UUUGAAGACAAUGCGGGAUAGUUGGACAAUAUGCGUGCUUGUGCUUGUGGUGUUCUGUGACAUAUCAGAUUCUCAGUUUGUGAGGCCUACGAGUAAAAGCAUAUUCUACAAUGCAGACAGAAUUCGGACAAGCAACACACGUGACUAUGUGAACCUGCACAUGCUGGAGGUAGCCGAAGUGACCGAGGCCAGUCAUGGCCAGAACCUGCGGUCAAGCGUGGACAGUGUGAGGUCGAGCAUGAAGGCUAUGACUGCGAGGAAAUGCUCGUCCAGAGAUAUAUACCGCACCUUAGAUGCGGAAUGCAACAACCUCCUUCACCCGAGUUGGGGAACACCGAUGAGGAAGCUGCUCCGAGUUCUCACUCCUCAGUACGACGACGGUCGUGGCAGACCUCGCCAUUACCGGGGUAUGGCGUCAGCCCUCCCUAGUACCCGCGAGGUGAGCGGCAGCUGCCACCCGUCAGACAGCAGCACGACCAGGGACCUUGAGUUCAGCAACAUGGCCAUGCAGUGGGGACAGUUCCUGGACCAUGACAUCACCGGUACCCCAGAGGCCAACAAAACGAAAGAGUGCUGCACUGACCAUUCGGCCAAUGGAACACACCCGGACUACUACACUGGGGGCGAGUGCUAUCCAAUCAACAUUAUGCCAAACGAUCGAUAUUUUCGAAAUCCCUGUAUGGAAUUCCGAAGGUCAAUGCCCGCUGAACAGUAUGAGCGACGAGAACAGAUGAACAUCAUCACGGCUUACAUCGAUGCCUCCCAAAUAUAUGGCUCCAGCACGCAAGAAAUGACGGAGUCAAGAAGUUUUCAUGGAGGUUUACUGAAGUCAGGGGAACACGACAUGUUGUUGAGAAAUACCACUAUCAAAAGGCCGUGUUUGAAGAGUGACUCGAACUCGUGUUUCUUCUCUGGUGACGUGAGAGUGAAUGAAUUCCCUUCACUGACGAGUCUACACACGGUGUUCCAUCGAGAACACAACCGCAUUGCCAGAAACCUUGCAGUAAUUAACCCACACUGGGACGACGAAAGUCUCUUCCAAGAAACACGAAAGAUUAUUGCCGCUGCCAUGCAAGUGAUUUCGUACGAAGAAUACUUGCCCAUCGUCCUAGGACGGCGAGGAAUGAGGAGAUAUGAUCUGGACACACCAUACAGAUAUAAUCCACACGUAAAUCCAGAAAUCAUCAACAGCUUUGCGACUGCAGCGUAUCGCUUCGGACACUCCAUGAUUGACAGAACCCUUAAAACUCUCCGCAAUCCAAGACAUAAAAUAGAUCAGAUGUAUUUUAGGCCUAGUUUCAACCUAAACCAGAACGGCAAGGGACUGGACAGCCUCAUCGAGGGCAUAAUCCAAAGCCCCUGUCAGAAAUCCGACCGAUUUUUCACCCUGGGAGUGACGGAUCACCUAUUUCAGGACUUCCCAACCACAGGAAUUAGUUUUGACUUGGCGGCCAGAAAUAUUCAGAGAGGACGCGAUCACGGUCUUCCCCCGUAUGUGGCCUUCCAUAAUUUUGCAAGCCAAUAUUACCCAGAACUCUCUCGAGGCCCAUUCGUCCGAAAUCAAGAUCCAAACAGUCCUAUGUUUGCCAACAUGGGGGAAGCGUCUCAUCCAAAUUCGGACUACUUGACUCAUAUUGGCAGCUCGAUCAAUCGUCGCCGUCCUUUCUCGCCUCCUGAAAGAGCCCAAACUUACAGACCGGUGUUCACACCCCCGACACGGCAGCCCUUUGGGUUCAGAUACGGCAGUGUUAGAGGCAAGAGAGCUGUCGGUGCCGGACCACCGCGUGCAGCCCUGUCGUAUCAGUGUUUGAGAACUUACAAGAACCGUUACGAGGACGUGGACCUCUUUGUUGGCGGUAUGAGUGAGGACCCGGUAGAUGGUGGUAUGGUCGGACCGACGUUCGCAGCGAUCAUGGGUCGCCAGUUUAAGAACCUCCGACACUCUGACAGAUUCUGGUAUGAGACGCCGGAUACCAGGAUAGGCUUCACCUCAGCGCAAAUUAACGAGUUGAAGAAGAUAGCCCUCUCAAGGAUUCUCUGUGAUAACACUCAUAUCCCGCACAUCCAGAGGAAUGUUUUCAAGGUCCCAAGCCAAGGAAACCCCGUGCUGGACUGUCGAUCGGCUGCCAUCCCCGUCAUAAAUCUGAAUUUGUGGAAGGAGAAUGUCUUCGUUGUGGGAAAGUGAACAUUAUAUAUGCAUGUUGUUUGUGUGUUAAUCAUGUACUUUUGAUACAAACGUCUAGUGUUGGAAAAUAAAGUAUAAUGAGAAACA